AUGAGGAGAUUCUCCACGGCAGUCACCAUCACCGACCCUCUGGUCAAAUACCAGUCCCUAGUAGCCGCAGGCGUCUACUCCCCCGAUCCCGCUCAGCACCGCCUGGCACGGCACCUACACAAGAUCUACCUUCGCGUAAAAGAUUACUCUCCCCAAGCGGACUAUCGUCAGCGACUCGACCAAGUCGCUCGCCUCACAGAGCCCAAGAAGAAGCCGCCAGAGGAAGAGACCGGCGAGGGCAUCUUGGCACUGCGAAACCACGCAAUAUGGCGGAACCCCCUGUUCAAACAACUGCUCAACACGCCCGAAGGCAGAGAGAGUCUGGCCCUGACCCGGGUGUUGACGAACCAUCAGACGGCCAUUGAUAUUGAUUCUCCAAAGGGAUUGUUUCUCUCAGGGGAGGUUGGCACGGGAAAGUCGAUGCUUCUGGACCUGUUGGCUGAGGGCCUACCCACGCAAAAGAAGAAGCGAUGGCAUUUCAACACCUUUAUGCUCUACACACUGUCGCAACUUGAGAAGCACCGAAGGUCCAGUCAUCAGUCAUCAGGUGCAGAUGCAAAUGCAGCCGCGGAAUACUCUCUCCUCUGGAUGGCCAAGAAGCUCGUCGACGAGUCCCCCAUUCUCUUCCUAGACGAGUUCCAGCUCCCAGACCGAGCUGCAAGCAAGAUCCUCAGCAACUUGUUCGUCGCCUUCUUCCAGCUGGGCGGAGUUCUGGUAGCCUCGUCAAACCGGAUGCCCGAGGAGCUGCAGAAGGCCACGGGCGUCGAUUAUGCGCCGACGUCGAGGGGCCUCAUGGGCAAGAUCUUUGGGGGUGCGUCGCGCAAUCGAGGGGAACUCUUUGGCCAGACGAGCGACUUUGCUGCCUUCCUCGAGGUGCUCAAGGCUCGAUGCGACUUCUGGCAGAUGGAGGGCGCGCAGGACUGGCGGAGGAGAGAAGAAGAUUCCAGCCCACUUGCUGCCGUCGACCAGGUAGAACAAGGUGUGAAUGGCGUCUUACAUGUCGCCGCGCCUGUUGAGGGGGAACGAACUGGGAGUGACAAGGCCAAGAAGGAAAGGAAGAGGCCGCCCUACUAUUAUCUCUUUGACGAAGACGACCAAUCCUUUACACAAAGCAUCCAAAAGAUCGUCUUGGGGUCCGACAGCCGGCUAGUCCCCUGGGAGCCAUCCAAACUCAUCGUCUACGGCCGCCAAGUCGUCGCACCACAUCACCACAACGGCUUCGUCUUCUGGACUUUUGACAAGCUCGUCGAGUCGUUCGGGCCAGCAGACUAUCUCACAAUGGCAUCGACAUACCACACCUUCAUCAUCGACCGCGUCCCCAUUCUGACAAUCCUGGCCAAGAACGAAGCACGGCGCUUCAUCACCCUCCUCGACGCCAUGUACGAAGCCCGCUGCAAGCUCGUCAUCCGUGCCGAAAGUCCUCCAGACGACCUCUUCUUUCCAGAAACACUACAGCCUACGAACAAGGUUUCAGGAGAAGCGGGGGACAAGGGCGGCGAAAAUGCAUUGAGUGUUGACGACGCAACAUACUCGGAGACAGUGGCCGAGGUCUAUCAAGACCAGAUCGCCCCCUUCCGCCCCAACGUGUCCUACUACGACACCAAAUCCGCCACGUCCAAAUACGACCCGGACCAAGACUCGGACUUUGGCCUGCAGAAGCGGCCUGUGGACUUUGGCAACACGAGCGCGUUUACAGGCGAAGACGAGCGCUUCGCUUACAAGAGGGCCGCGUCGCGGCUGUGGGAGCUGUGCAGCGCGAGGUGGCAUGCCAGGACGGGGGACUGGUGGCAGCCGUUGGCUAUGGAGGCGCGGCACUGGGAGGGCGGAGAGGCUUCGAGGCCGUACCGGGUCAAGGUCCUGGAGGAGAGGAAGCUCGGCAGUGGUGAGGGGAUGGGGGCGAGCGUAGAGGUGGACGAGGUGGCAGGGCUCUCGCGAUGGAGAGUCGAGCAUCUGAAGAAGCGGAGCGAAGAGAGGGGAUAG